AUCACCGACUCCUCCGGUCACCGGUGCUCCUUUCGGUUACCUCACCCCUUGAAACCAGCCAACGGCUACUAAUUAUUUACCAGCAUUGCCGGUUUCCAAUCGCACACCCAUUGACAGUGUAUUUUUUUUUCCUCUGACGGUUAAGACCGCGAUUUUUUUUUCCCUCUCAUUCCGUUGGAAAAGUCGCUUUCACUUCGAGUCACGUUUUCGUGCUGCUUCUCUUCUCCGUCUUUGAAAACCAAACACAGACUAAGAAAUAGUAAGAAUCAAACGGUAACAGUUUCCGUGACCGUCACCGUCAUCAUGGAGUUCGGAGCCGCUACAACGACCCUAACAAAGAAACUCUCUAACGGCUACGGCGGUACCGGAAGAUCCGCUUACGACGGCGUUUUCGCCACUCCUAUCAAGCUAAGAGCUCCAAGCUUCUCUCAAUUCGACGAUUACAACGAGAUUUUCGGCGGCUCCGAAGUUUCUUCAUCGAUUCCGAUUCUGCAACUUCCGGAGCUCAACGAGAGGAGAAUGACGGACGAUGUUCAGCAUCGGAACUCGAAGCUCGAUUACUCGAAAGUGUUCGGCGGGUUCGAGAAUCUUGACACUGCCGUGCCUUUCGAGGAGGUGGUUGCUCAACCUAAAGAGAAAGGUAGUUCCGCAAACGGAGCAUCAAAACGGGGCAAAAUCAAAAGUGGAGAACAAUCUUGCUGGGAAGAUCGUACUAAUAUUUCAAACGAAAUUCCAGUAGUAUCACGUUCAUGCAGUGAUGACAGAAGGGUGAAUAUGUCAUAUCAUAAAGUUAAUCAAGGAAGUGAUAAUGGAACGAAUGGGACAACACAUAUAGCCCAACUCCAUGCUGUCCCUGCGUACACUCAUUUAAUUGAAGAAGUCAAUCCAGUGAAAAUGAACAGAGCUAAAAAAUCUAUACCAGUAGCACAGGAUACUUAUUCUGGUAGUCAUUGUGAUGAGGGGAUAAAAGAAGGUGGACAUUGUGCUAAAUCAUCUAUCGAUCCUUCACCUAAUAAUGCCAAGAAACAGUCUUCCAACAAUGGAGGGAAAGCUAAAAAUAGAUCUGACUCUAUUGACCUAUUUUAUGAUGCUUGUGAGAUUAGUAAUCGAAGUGAUGGAAUUCAUCAAGUCAAAGUUCCUCUUUCAGAGACUCUGACAGGUAAUUUGGAUACUGAUAAUAGCGUUGAUGCUUCAAGAUCAAUGGCAACCAAAUGCCAAACAUCUAAAAGUGGCACAUAUGAAAGCACUGCAUCUAAUACUGGAACAUGUGAAGGCGCUGCUUGUGCCGAAUUACCAACAUACUUAGAAGACAUGGUUGACUCAAAUUCAGCGGCAGCGGCUUCUGUAGCUGCUUUAAGGAAGGCAAUAGAAGAGGCUCAAGUAAGAAUAAAGGUAGCAAAAGAAUCAAUGAGAAGAAAGAAAGAAGGUGUUCCUGGUCGUGUCAAACGGAAGUCUAGUAUUGACUUGAAAGUCAGGGAAAAAAAGGAGGCUAAGCUUACAUAUAAAACAACAGAAGCUAAAGAGAUUAAUACAAGGCAAACAAUAGGAGAAAUGGAUGCUUUGCUGCAAGUUUCUUCUGAGGUAGGAAAGCUAGCGGUGAGAACAGAGAAAGUAAGAUCAGAUAUUGGGGUUAAAGAAAUAUUUAAUGCAAAUGAAGCUGUACAAGAAGCGCAGAAGAAAUUGAAAAUUUCUCAAGCAGAACAUAAGGAAGAGAUUGAACCGAAAGAAGCAGAUCGUAAAGGAAAAGAUCUUGAUCUUAAAGAAGCAGGAAAUGCUAAGAAAGCACCGUAUAUUAGAAACACAAGAAGAAAUGUCUCUGAAAAACCAGAAGAAUCGGACCAUACAAUAGAAAUGGUUAGGGAAUAUCGGGAACAGGUGAAUGAUGAAAAAAAGGUCCGUGCAGAUAUGGAAUCUGACCAUAGAUGUCAAGAAGGUGGUGAAACAAAACUGAUUCAGGAGACACUUGACAGUGGAAUGAUGGACAAGAGAUUGAAGAUCAAAGAAGUCGUGAACAAGGUUACACCGUGUAAUGAAUCAAAAGAUUGUCUAAGUAACCUGGGUGGGCAACAGUCGAUAAUAGAAAAUAAAGAAAAUAUUGACCAUAAGCCAGAAGAUGGUAAAAAGGUUAAAGGGUCCAUUGAGCAAGAAGAAUGCCAAAAACAAUUGAGAGCUAUUCAGGAACUGGGAGAAGGUGAGGAAAACAUUUUUCAAGAGCGAAAAGAAAGUGAGGAUAAAGUUGAAGAGGUCGGUGAACUGGAAGAAUGUGAGUUGACAGAGUCUCUGGAGCCAAUAGACAAUGAGAGAGCGCACAGUCCUCAUCGUUCAGAAUUUACAAGCACGAACAAAGAAAUAUAUAACUCGGGUUGUUUAGAGGACAAGAAGAGAAGGGAUGAAUCUAGUUUUCUGGAUGUCAAUCAAGAGGUAGAACAUUCCUAUUGGAAAGAAGCCACUAAUAGUACGUUUAGUGAUAUCUCUGUGCAGGAAAUACUGGAAGAUAUUGUUGACCAUAUUCACGACAAUGAAGAAAUUUACGAAAUAAAUACAAAGGCUAGUGAUUUAGACGGAAAUGUGCGGGUUCAAGAUGUCCAUGCUAGUGGAAAUGAACUUGAGGGAGCAGCACAUCUGAUGGAAGAAAAUGAGAGUGAAAGGAAAGACAACAGGGUGCAAGAAGUAAUUUUAGAGACUCAAAAUGAUCCAAUUUAUGAGGAGAUAAGAGCAGAGGAAUCUGGCGACACCACAGAACCCAGUUCUAGCUAUGAGCCAGAUGAAACUGAACAGGUGAGCCAAACUCGGAUUGCUAAUACAGUCAAUGAAAAUGAUGAAACUCUUGAAGUAACUCCAGAGUUUUAUUCAUGUGAUCUUCAGGAUGAUAUAACGGUAACAAGUAAUGCUUCAAUACUACAACAUCAAGAGAAAUAUGAAGAACCGGAAUCUGUUCAAGAGACUAAUGGUUUCUGCGAGAACCAUGCAGGCCAGACUUCUCCAGCUGAUCAAGGUGCCCCUGAAGUCAGUGAAACUGUAUAUCAAAUGAAAAAUGUAUUUGAAACAGUUAUAAUUGAAUAUGAUUCUACAAAUGUUGGUGAAAUUGACAUGAAGGUUAGGCAAAAUCAAGACCAGUGUUUGGAAAAGGCAGAAUCUGAUUGUGAUCUGGCUAUGGCUGUUGAAGAAACAACUCCCGAGUCUAUAGAAAUAUGCAAAGAUAAAAAGGAGGCAAGAGUUGUGUCAGAUGAAGAGAUCGAGGAGAAUAGAUCUAACUCUUCUAGUGAGGAAAUGUUAUUUGACAAUGAACACAAUAUAGAAGUGUCUCAGAUGCCUAGUAUCUCUGAAUGGAAAUCUAGCCCCAUAAAAAAAGAAGAGGUUAAAUCAAUUCAUGAUAACAUAAAGGAGGAGAGUCAUCAGACAUCUAUAACAAUGGAAGAGAAGGAUGGUAAGUCACGAAAGGUAGAGGUGGAUAACGAACUCCUCAAGAAAAUUGAUGAAGCAAAAGAUAGAGAAAGAGAGAAGGAGAAAUUAGCUGUAGAACGAGCAAUUCGUGAAGCUCGUGAAAGGGCAUUUGCCGAUGCAAGAGAAAGGGCAGCUCUGGAGAGAGUUGCAGCUGAAGCACGUCAAAAGAACAUUUUGAAUGGGCGAGAAAAGCUAGGAAAAACCACUAGUCAAGCAAAUGAGAAAACGCCAGCUGAAAAGGCUGCUAUGGAGGCAAAACUUAAAGCUGAACGUGCUGCUGUGGAGAGAGUAACUGCAGAGGCAAGAGCACGUGCCUUAGAGAGGGCACUGUCUGAGAAGGCUGCUUCUGAUGCAAGAAAUAAAUCUGACAAGUCUGUUGCAGAGAAGUGUGUUGGCGCUUCCAGAGAUAAUGGAACAAAGCAAAACUUGCAUUCAAAAUCUUUCACCUAUGGUGUUCGCGACUCUACUGAUGUCUUCGAUGGAGCUAAUGCUGACUCUGCUCAGAGAUGUAAAGCUAGGUCCGAGAGGCAUCAGAGAAUAGGAGAACGUGUGGCAAAGGCUCUUGCAGAAAAGAGUAUGCGUGAUAGGCUUGUGCAGAAAGAGCAAGAGGAGAGAAAUAGGGUAGCUGAAGCUCUGGAUGCCGAUGUUAAAAGGUGGUCAAGUGGGAAGGCAGGAAACUUGAGAGCAUUGCUUUCAACAUUACAAUAUAUCCUUGGUCCCGAUAGCGGCUGGCAACCAAUUCCUUUAACAGAAAUAGUAACCGCAACUGCUGUAAAGAAAGCUUAUCGCAAAGCUACUCUUGUUGUGCAUCCGGACAAGCUGCAGCAGAGGGGGGCAAGCAUUCAACAAAAGUACACUUGUGAGAAGGUUUUUGAUCUUCUAAAGGAAGCUUGGAACAGAUUCAACAUGGAAGAACGGUGAACAGUACAUGGUAAUUGUGCUUCCUGAUGGUCAUGCGCUCAGUUGUGACAAUUCUUUUAAAUGAUUAGUAGUUGAAUGAAAAGUGAGCUCAUAUUUGAAUGAAGUGGGCAAAUUUAGAUGGCAUGCAGGUGAAAACUUUCAAAAUACAGCUUAUAUUGUUCUGUUCUACAAUUUUUUCCCAAAAAAAAAAGAUCGUUCCCCCCUUAAAAUCAUUCUAUUUUAUCAUGA